CGCAUGCGUACACCUACACACGAAGCCUCCUGAUGCGGAAACGUCAUCGCAGCCGCAAUAACACAGCAUGGAAACUCGGUAGCGCGGAGGAGAUAACAUCAGACUUUGCAGUUCGGCUUACUCCAUAAAACCAAAUAGAUCAGAUCUUGUUUCUUGCGUUUGAGAUAGCGAACACUGUAGCAAGGUCGCCGCGUUGCCAUGGGGAAGGGGUGCAAGGUGGUGGUGUGCGGCUUGGCUUCGGUUGGCAAGACUGCGAUCCUGGAGCAGCUUCUGUACGGGAAUCACACUGUCGGCUCGGAGCCCAGCGAGACGGUGGAGGACGUGUACGUGGCGUCGGUGGAGACGGACCGCGGGGUGAGGGAGCAGGUGCGGCUGUACGACACCAGGGGCCUCCAGGACACGCUGGAGCUGCCCAAACACUACUUCUCCGUGGCAGACGGGUUCGUUCUGGUCUACAGCGUGGACAGCCUGGAGUCCUUCAGGAGGGUGGACCUCCUCAAGAAGGAGAUCGACAAGUCCCGCGACAAGAAGGAGGUGGCCGUCAUCGUGCUGGGGAAUAAGACAGACCUGCGGGAGCGCAGGCAGGUGGAGGUGCAGAUGGCGCAGGGCUGGGCGCGAGGGGAGAAGGUGAAGCUCUGGGAGGUGAGCGUGACCGAGAGAUCCUCGCUGAUCGAACCCUUCACCGUCCUCACCAGCCGCCUCACCCAGCCGCAGAGCAAGUCCGCCUUCCCCCUGCCCGGCCGCAAGAGCAAGGGCACCCCCUCCAACGACAUCUGAGCCCCCUCCAGCGCCCGCCAUCACGGCUCUGAGUGAGGGGCUUACGGCAGCGCUGAUAGAGGGUGGGCGGGGGAGGGCGGCCAUUUUGUGACACAAGCACAUUACACUACAGAUAGAAGGGGAGGGAGGGGGUGGAGAGGGUGGU